GCUUAGCAACUGGCGCUAGGGUUUGUCUAUUAAGCUGCUUCAUUACAGUCACUGCCUCCACCUCUCCAACCCAAACCCUAACCCUAGCGCAUUCCUCUGUCUCUGCAAACAUGGCUGUCGGGAAGAACAAGAGGAUUUCGAAGGGUAAGAAGGGAGGGAAGAAGAAGGCCGCCGAUCCGUUUGCCAAGAAGGAUUGGUAUGACAUCAAGGCACCUUCUCUUUUCAACCAAAGACAAGUUGGCAAAACCCUUGUCACCAGAACUCAGGGAACCAAGAUUGCUUCCGAAGGACUCAAACAUAGAGUGUUUGAAGUUUCGCUGGCUGAUCUUCAAAAGGAUGAGGAUCAUGCUUACAGGAAGAUCCGUUUGAGAGCUGAGGAUGUGCAAGGGAAGAAUGUGCUAACAAACUUCUGGGGAAUGGACUUUACCACCGACAAGCUGAGGUCACUUGUGCGCAAGUGGCAGACACUGAUUGAGGCCCAUGUAGAUGUUAAGACUACUGACAACUACACCCUCAGGAUGUUCUGCAUUGCUUUCACAAGAAGACGUGCUAACCAAGUCAAGCGAACCUGCUAUGCCCAGUCCAGCCAGAUCCGCCAGAUUCGUCGCAAGAUGAGAGAAAUUAUGAUCAACCAGGCAACAUCCUGUGACCUGAAGGAUUUGGUUAACAAGUUCAUCCCUGAGAUGAUUGGUAGAGAGAUCGAAAAGGCAACAUCUAGCAUCUACCCGCUGCAGAAUGUUUUCAUUCGUAAAGUUAAAAUCCUUAAGGCUCCUAAAUUCGAUCUUGGCAAGUUGAUGGAGGUUCACGGUGACUACUCAGAGGAUGUUGGCGUGAAGGUCGACAGGCCAGCCGACGAAACAAUUGUUGAGGGUGAGGUCACCGAAGUUGUCGGGGCAUAAUGAAACAAGAGUCUCUUUGUUAUGAGCAGGGAAUAUUACCUCAGUUUUCAAUUUUGUGGAUUUUUAUUGAUGAGUAGAAUUUAUGUUGAUGAGAUUUUGCUCGUACUAGACUGAAUGCUGAAUGCAGAGCAUAUGUUGCGUAGAAAGUUUUAUUGGACAAGAUCGUGUACUAGCUGUGCGUUUUUGUUAAUUAUAGAUUCCAUUACAUGUUUGGUGUUGAGAAUAA